CCUAAGACAAUGAAACGAUGUAGGCUAAUAGAAUGAAGGGAGAAUAUUCUAACAGCCAGGUGCCGCUCCAGCGGCAGCGCUGCUGGGACCAGUCCCACCGCUUCCCCCACUGCUACUGUCGGCACCACGGCCACCUCCACGGCCACCACGAGGGCGGCCACCACGGGAGCGGCUAAUGCGGCGUUGAGUUCGGCGGAGGCAGGCUGGGCAGCGUGGAGAGUGGCGGUGGGCUCCUAGAGGAGCUUGACCUCGGUGUCGAUGAUCCAUUGCACGACAGUGGGGAGGUCGGCAUAGGGGUCGCUCUCAGUGAACGCGAUGAUGCGCAUGUCACACUAAGGGGUGAGACCGUGGAGGAGGUUGUGGAUGUGGAGCUCAGGAGGCAACACAACACGACGAGCCUCAAGACGAGAGGCAAUGUCGAGGAGGCGGCUGGUGAAAUCGACAGCGCCAUUGCUGCUGUCGAGCGUGAUGCUGUUGUACUCGCGAAAUAGCAUGCCAAGCGAGCCGAUGUCGCGACGCUUGAACAUGGCGUGGAGCUCAGUCCACAGCUGAGCGGCAGGGAGCUCUCGAGCUUGGAAGCGCCGCAUCAUGUCGACGGGAAGAGCACCGAGGACAAUGGUGGAGGCGCGCAGGUCAGCCUCACACCAUGCAGCGAUGGUGACGGCAUAGGUCGCCUUCUGUUGUGCCUAGCGAGCGGCUUGCAGGCGAUGAUCCGCGGCACGUUCGGAGGCGAGGUCGAAUGCCUGCUUCUUGAACUUGUAGUUGGCGCGCCGCUGUAGGAACUUCUGGCAGGCGUCGUCAUAGGCCUCUUUGGCAACACGCUCGGCCUCAGGGUCGUCCGGCUGCGCGGGAGGGACCUCAGGUCGCUCUAGUGAAUCUCUAGGGUUGCGAGGGACAUCAGGCUCAGGACCGGGAUCGACGGGCGUGGUGGGGCGAAGGGCCGAAGCCUUACGCUAAGGAUGUCGAGCAGCUUGUACGGCUGGACCCAAGCGCCGCCGAGGACUCGCUAGAUACUCCCAACGAAGGAGUACCAGUUGGUGGCGGACUUGUCUGCGGCCAGCAGGAGCUUGUCAACGGAUGAGGCGUCGACGGGCGGAGGGAAGGACACCAUGAGGUUGGGUGCAGCGCAAGCAGGACGCGCGCGGCGGCACAGAGAGGAGCGACUGCGGGUGGACCCGCGCGGCUCGGGGAGGCGGCGGCGGCGAGGGAACUCGCCGCGGCACAGCGAGGAGCGACAGCGGGUGGACCCGCGUGGCUCGAGAAGUCGGCGGCGGCGAGAGAACUCGCGGAAGCACGGCGAGGAGCGACAGCGAGUGGACCCGCGUGGCUCACGAAAGCGGCAGCGGCGGGCGGGCUCGCGGCGGCACGAGGAGGGAGCGACGACGGGUGGACCGGCGCGGCUCAAAAGAGUGAUGGCGGCUCCGUGGAGCAGCGGCAACGGCUGCCGAAAAGAAGGGCAGCUACGGGGGCUGGCGACGGAGCGGCGGCGGCGGUUGCUGGCAGGAGCGGCGGCGGCCGGUGGCACAGUGGCGGCGGCGGCUGCAAAGAAAAUCGUCCCUUGGAAAAAGGAGCUUGCACGAAAACCACUCGUAGGACUCGAACAAGACUUCCUUGGGAUAUAGAAAUUGCACGACCACUGAGGCAGUCGUUAGGAUCAGUAAGGCCUCCAUUUACCACACGCGCAACAAAAUCCCAAGGCACGACUCUGCCUUAGCGUUGGCAUGAAAACCUAGACACACUUUGUCUCAGAGACAGAUUUGAAGCUGGAAUAUAGGUUUGCUUUACGAAUACACAGGAGUGAGACAAGUCAGAGAACGGCGAGUGAGAGGGAGGGAACGAAAUCGCCACAGACUGGGGAAAUAUGAUGGGUGUG